GCGUGUGGAAUAAAACGGUCGGAGGGCCAGAGGACAUGCCUUAACCUGACGGGACAUGAUACGGCUGUAUUGUCACCAAUCUGAAGGCGUACGUCAAGGUUGUUCUCUGCGAGCCUGUCUAAUCCGUACAUUUCACCAUGCCGUAUAGCUUCAGGGCUGCGCAGGGAGCAUGAUCCUCAUUUCUCGGAGACUACCCGGUCUGCGUACCUGGGCCCUCACUCUCGCACCCCUAUCACUUUUAUCCUUACGUCCCGCAGGGCAGCCUGUACGCUCCUGCUCACUCCAAUGUUUGCUUGGCCUUGCCUAGUUUUUAAGUACGUUUAGGGUAGAACGGCCAUGAGCCAGCGUCACAAGUUUAAAAUAUCCUUUGUUUAUAGUCUCUCCAACUCUGACAAGUCCUGGAUUAACAGUGCUGAUAUUGACGUUAAUCUGCGAUUUAUGGUUGUGGCAUAUACUCUACCAGGCAUAAAUAGGCUUCCCGGUGGAGGGCAUUAAUAGUGUACGUGCGUGGAGUGAUACAAACGUAACUAAGGGACUUCUGUGGGAGCGCUGUCACCAUCAGCUAGACACAAGCUCGAACAACAUCCUCACCAAUCGCUCAGCAUAGAACACUUCAGCCACUUGUUCAUAAGGUGACCUCUGACCUCAGCUGUAGCUAUGAGUGAAGAUGUCCGAUCAGAAGAAGCUCUGGGCGCGCUUAACAACGGCUGAUCAGGAAAUGACGUGGAACCGGCUGAUAUUUUGUCCCAGCUGUGCACAGAAACGAUCCACAUACAUUCCAGGCUUCGCUUUGCUUUUGCUACUGGUCGGAACAACAUAUCUGUCCACACUCCAGAGAGAAACUAUUACGUUUAAUUCUGUCGUAGGCGGUCGAACGAACUGCUCCAAAAAGCAUGACGUCACCAAGGACGACGUCUCAAAGACUACUCAAGGGUUUUUCUUAGGAAAUCUCUUGCCAUCGUUAAGCAACAAACAUCCAGGAUAUGUAAUAUCGGCUGACCUCAGGCACAAUGACCUUUUCGCGAAAGGAAACCCAAAAAGAACGAAGACAGGCGAUCGUUCUGGGAAAACAAGUGACAGGUUCGCCCUCAGUCUGAAUCAAGACCUUACUUAUGAUAGUGACAAGGUUAAAAAAUCUAACAAAAAAAGGCCAGACAGAGACGAUCAAAGUUACGGUUCCUCCACUUACUCACCUGAACAACAACGUGCUUUUUCUUCCCCAGAUCCACUCAUUGCAAAGUUGUUUGAGGACAAUGUACCAACAAACAAGGUUCAAAAAAUAUAUUUCAAAAGGUUUGACAAAUGGACAAAAGCCAAAAAUAUUUCUUUAAAUUAUUUUAUGCCACAAAUAUCACGACUUUCAUUCACGGAGAAAACUGCUUUUUGGAAGACUUCUUUGCCUUACCGACCAAAAGACGUGGACCUCAUGGCACUGAAGCCUUUCCCCUUUCUGGAGUCGUACAAAAAUCCGUGUUGGAUUGAAUAUUCACGUGCAAACUAUUCCGGAAGCUUCUACACAUCCCGUAAUGACGUUAGUCAUGAGCUGGCGGUAAUGGCUGAGUUGUUAAAUAAGAGACGGAGAAUCUGGGACUUUCACCGUGUUCGCUGCUUACCAUACUUCCUUAUCAUUGGUCAGCCGAAGUGCGGGAGCACCGAUCUUUACCGAAAGAUUAUUGCUCACCCCGAUGUCUGCAACAUCCCACCGGCAUUGAAAGAACCUCAUUGGUGGGCAAGAACGAGGCUUGGUCGACAGAGUGCCCGGGGACACGUGGUUUCGCUGAGAAAUUACGUGGAUCUGUUUGAUCACGCUGCGUACAGAAUAGAGACGGAGACAGAGACAGAUGAGAAGAGUGGGGUAGUUCAUAACAAAAUUACAGGUGAAGGAAGUAUGUCGACAUUUUGGGAUAAUGACCACUGGUGGGCGAUGGUGGGCAACGAAAACACAACUGAGCCACGUGUACUCAAUCCUGACUAUGUCCAUCAUGUUUUACCUAAUGCUAAGCUAAUUCUUAUACUCAGGAACCCUACAACCAGAAUGUACUCCGAUUUUUUGUACUUCCGGAAGGACCGGAAGUUGCCCGUAGAUUUCCACCAGGCGGUUGUGAAUGCAGUCCGCGUGUAUAAGGCCUGCAUAAGAGUGCACUCAGUACGAGGCUGUGUGUAUAAUGCUACUACUAACCAACGAGCGAAGAUUCGUCUACGUGUGGGAAUGUACGCUGUGUUCUUAGCAGAAUGGCUCAGAGUGUUUCCAAGGCAACAACUCUUCAUCGUGAGAACGGAAGAUUACGCAGAGGGUCCUCAGGGUAUCCUCAGGGAUAUCUACGAUUUCCUUGGACUCAGAAAUCUGACGGCAGACGAAGAGGAGUCUAUUCUCUCAAUGCAAAAGGCCAAUACUCGGCGGAAACAGGAUGUUCAGAUCGGAGACAUGCUCCCUGAAACUAGGGUUCUAUUGGAUGCUUUUUACAAACCUUACAAUGAACAAUUAGCCAGAAUGCUGGGAGACAAUUCGUUCCUGUGGAACGAUGGCUGGUCAUGACAUAAAGUUUUAAUAUAAAGAGAUGACAUCCAGUAAUAUCAGUGCUACCAUAGCUGGUAGUUACCUCUGAUUGUAACCUCACUGGGCUGCUCAUUGUACAACGUUGCUAAUAGAACAAUAUGGUGUGUUUUAGCACUGAGACAUUGAACACUCCUCACUCUCUUGAAGAAAAUGGUGAGGAAUCUCUUGACCACUGGACUAAGAUGGCCCGAUCAAUGAUCGACCUGCAUGGGGGAUUAAAUGCCAGUAUUUUAACAGCAUAAUUCAUAACUCUAACAGAAUUAUUACUAACAUAAUCUCGUGGUGAACAAUUUCCUCUUGCUUUUCAUAAUCAUGGUUUAAACGCAGUGUUGAGACGUGGUAUCAGAAUGCUUUAAAUGUUGUUCUGGAAUAUUAUAUGCUUUUAAAAACAUUUAAAAGGCCAAUUUACAUGACCGGUAAGCUUUUUUAAAAUUGAUCUUAUACCUAAUUUUAGGUAUUUCAGUUUUAAUUGUUAAAGCUGAAAUGUGCUAAAAAAAAGAGAUUUUAUUCUACCUUAUGUCUUGAAAAGAGUACAUCUUAAACGUUAUACGCAUCUUAAAUUAUUUUAGGCAUUAUGCAGCUUUACCUUCAUCAGAGUUUUAAGCAUCUGUCAAACCAGAGCAACAUUAGCGAAUUAUCCUUUGAUUUCAAGGAAAUUGUAUAUAUGAUUUACUGAUUAAUUUAUACACAUCUUCUCUGAGAAGUGCUGAUAAAGUUGAUUAUUUAUUUUUCCUCAA